AUGGUUAGAGGAUUAUUCGCAUUUUUUUCAGGAGUACCUGAUGUUGAAGUCAUCGUCGCGCCACCGGCUCUGUACCUGACGUAUGUCAAAGACCAACUGAAAAAUUCCGUCAAGGUUUCAGCACAAAACUGCUAUAAGGUACCAAAAGGAGCAUUCACGGGUGAAGUUUCUCCUGCUAUGCUCAAGGACUUGGGAAUCGAAUGGGUAAUCCUUGGGCACUCAGAGAGACGUCAUAUUUUCGGAGAAUCAGAUCAGCUCAUUGCGGAAAAGGUCGUUCAUUGCCUCGAAAACCAUAUUAACGUCAUUUUCUGCAUUGGUGAAAAACUAGAGGAACGGGAAGCUGGUAAAACAAAGGAGGUGAACUUCCGCCAGAUGCAAGCUCUAGUUGACAAAAAAGUUGAUUGGACAAACAUAGUUAUCGCUUAUGAGCCUGUAUGGGCUAUUGGCACAGGAAAAACCGCCACUCCUGAGCAGGCACAAGAGGUUCAUCUAUGGAUUCGCGAGUUCUUGAAGGAAAAGGUCUCUCCUGAUGUUGCUGAGAAGACCCGUAUUAUUUACGGAGGAUCUGUUACUGCCGAAAACUGCAGAGAUUUGGGGAAGAAGCCUGACAUCGAUGGUUUCUUAGUUGGGGGUGCUUCGCUCAAGCCCGAUUUCGUUAAGAUCAUCAACGCUCGCAAGUAA